AUGGUCUCAGUCCAGAGCUGCACCAGGAGGAAUAUGGCUGGCUCUCCUCCGGCACUGCCAGGCUUCGGAAACUCAGGAAAGAGUUUUCUUAUUGACAAUCUGCUGCAGUCUCAGACUCCUUCUGCUCGUCAGGAAGGGACGGCAGGUGGAUACCUGAGACUAGCAGCAUGUGAACAUCUGAGGAGGACCUGGGGUUGUGAGCACGGAGCCUACAAAAGCCAGGCCCAGAGUCCUCAGCAGGUGAAAGAUUUAGGACGACCGCUUCUACAACACUCAGGUGUACUGAGCAGUGUUUUCCUGCAAAGCCCGCAGUAUCUGCUGGCAUGCUGCGGUGGGUCCAGCCCCCCUCCUGUCUUCUCCAAGGGGGCAAAUAUUCGAAUGUGGUCUACUGAUAUAAGUCAUAAAUCGCGCAGGGGAAUCCUUAGGAGGGCUGUGUUCUCUGAAGAACAACGGAAGGAACUGGAGAGGACUUUUCGGAGACAAAAAUACAUCAGCAAGACAGACCGGAACAAACUGGCAGCUGAUCUCAGUCUUAAGGAGUCACAGGUCAAGAUUUGGUUCCAGAACCGUCGAAUGAAGUGGAGGAACUGUAAGGAGAAGGAGGUUCAUAACACCCGCUCCCCAAUGGAUGAGCUCAUGGCUCAAGGUCUUGCUCAAGAAGAGGACGAGCCAUCACAGAAUCACACGGAUGGAAAAACAGAGAGAUCAAAGCAACAGAAGAGUGACAGGGACACAUGAGAAAUAUGAAGGACUAUCAAAUUGACAAAAAUCUGUGAAGAGGCUACAUGGUGAUCAUUUUAAAAUAUGAGGAUGUAAUACACUGUGUGUGUGAAACUAACGAUGAUAUUAUUAACUUUUCAAAGAACCUAAUCAUUUUGCUGAAUCAUAAAUGUAAUGAGGUGGAACUGCUGCAUUAUCCUCGUCAUAGUGUGUUCCACUGGUUCAGUAGACAAUUUAUUGGUUCAUAUGCUGACAAUUUCUAGAAAAAAAUCCCAUUCUUAGAAAUGUGAUUCCAGGCAGUUAAAAAUACAAAUGAGUCACCUGAUCUAAUGUGUUUACAUAUAAGCAAUUUUUUAUGUUUUGUGAAGCUUUACACUAAUGCUCAU